UACUGCGUUAUUGUCUCUCGUCCAGAAGCGGCUUGACGAUUGGCACCCUCCUUGCGCAUGCGCAGUUGAUCUAGUUAGCUUUGGCUGUCAGGGCGGCAGCAGUUAGCUCAGUUCAGCUUGUAGGUAAACAUGGCGGUGGAGAAGCGCCUGGCGUUCUCUAUCGUGCAGUUCCUACGAGAUCAGACGCACGGCGGCACUUUGAAUUCUGACGAGCAGGAAAGCCUGGAAGUUGCCAUCCAAUGUUUGGAGACCACCUUUAAGAUCAGCGCCAGCGACUGUCACCUGGCGGCACCGCAGCCCCUCAUGGAGGUCUUCCUCAAUUCACUGCUCAAGAACGACGUCCUGAGCAUGCCAACAACAUCGCCAUCUCCAGAAGAGGCCGAACGAGCUGAGCAGCUUAAGAAUGAAGGGAACAACCACAUGAAGGAGGAAAACUACCGGUGUGCAGUGGAAUGUUAUAGCAGGGCCAUCGAGCUGGACCUGAGGAACGCCGUCUACUACUGCAACAGGGCGGCCGCUGAGAGUAAACUGGGGAACUACACGGAGGCGACCGGCGACUGUGAGAGAGCCAUCGCCAUCGACCCCAGCUACAGCAAAGCGUACGGCAGGAUGGGCCUGGCGUUGACGGCCAUGAACAAAUAUCCCGAGGCCAUUUCCUACUUCAAGAAAGCGCUGGUGCUGGACCCCGACAACGACACGUACAAGUCCAACCUGAAGGUGGCAGAGCAGAAGCUGAAGGAAGUGAGCAGUCCAAUUGCAGCUGGACUAGGAUUUGACAUGGCCAGUUUAAUCAACAACCCCGCCUUCAUCAGCAUGGCAGCCAGUGUGAUGCAGAACCAACAAGUCCAGCAGCUCAUGUCAGGAAUGAUGUCCAACGCCGUGGGCGGGCCGGCGGCCGGAGUAGGUGGACUGUCAGACAUUUCCAGUUUAAUUGAAGCAGGGCAGCAGUUUGCCCAGCAGAUCCAGCAGCAGAACCCAGAGCUGAUCGAGCAGCUACGGAACCACAUUAGGAGCCGCUCCUUCAGCGGCAGCGCUGAGGAGCACUCGUGAUCUGCUCAGAUGGGAGAGUCCCGACACCAAGAUG